UCACGUUCCCUUUAGCUUAGGGCUAUUAUUUAGUUUAGGACCAAAAGAUCCCUUCUUUUUUUUUACAACCAUGAAGUAUAGCUUAUGUUCAGUGUUUAACAUUAACGACCAAAAUGCAUUUUGCCCAAUACAUUAGGGACUAUUUUUUUCUUUUAAUUUAUGAAUUCAAUCAACUGGUUGCGGAAGCCGAUCGGUUAUUAGUUACAACCCCUUUGUGACUUGUAAACGAGGAUCCGACUGACCCGAAGCCCAUUUCUUUCCCCAAAUUCAGUUUAAUACUUUUCCUUGUCGUUUUUAUUUUCCUGCUUCGGCAAUUACGAAGAUUUGAACGGUUAAUGGGAGCUCUGCAACUUGCGAACAAGGUGAUUCAUCCGCUUUUGCCUCUCUCGCGGCACAGAGACACUAACGGAAACUGAAGUAUUAUGAAUUCAUCGCACUGUCAUCCUCUAUCUCUAUGUCAAACAGCUUCAUGAGCAAAGUAUGAGGUAGCUGGGAAUUGACUUAGCGAUUAUGGUUUCUGAAGCACUGCAACAGACUUUCAUGGCUACCAAGCAUUCCUGUACAUCAACUCUACCGUGGAUUUGGGUGAUUGAAGCACUAGCAAGCUUCAAUGAAAUAGAUACAUCUUUACUCAUCAAUUUGGUUAAGAAGAGUCCUGAAAUUUCCGAUGAUCUGGGGAGAAAUGCUAGGGAAAUGGUUUCCUUGAGAGUUCUAGAGAGCUUAUUUGUCCAGAGAAUCCCCAAUGCAAAUAAUGUUGCUUCAGUUCCAGGUGCCAAUAUUGAACUUGAUCCAUCAAACAGCUGUGAAGAUGUCCUUCGCCGCAUAUUGUUGGAGGCUUCUGCAUCAGAUUUAAAAACAGCAGCGCCUGAGAUGUUGAAAUGGGAUGUUCGGUCAUUCAUUAUGAAAAAGAGAUCUCUCCUGCCGAAGUGUCUUUUGAAACAACUUAAAGAUAGCAUUGUAGAUUCUACCAGUCCUCUUUCUGGAUCCUUGAAAGAAAGAAGUCGAUUGGAGUUCGGGAAUAACUCCAGAAGUGUUCCAGUUGAUGCUGUUGAUUCUGAUGGCUUUAAGCAGGGACAUGAAGUAGGAGGCACAAAUACCCAACAUGUUGCACCAACUAGGAACUCGGAUGCUUUUACCCCGGCCGAUAAAAAUACAACAACAUACCCAGUAUAUUCCCACAGUGUGGGGUCUGAAAAGGGUAAUGUAUACGCAGACCUUAACCCUACCUUGUCGAGGACCCGGGCCGAAAAAAAUGGCAAGCAAAUAAGUCAGCUUGGAAGCGCUCUGGUGCGUGCGAAGAGGAGUAUCGAUGCCUCCACUGCUCAUGAAGUAGAAGUCAAUGAAACUGGAGCCAUAUCAGAGAACAGUUCUGAUCCUUGUGCUAAGGCUGCCAAGAAGUUUAAGCAGUUUGUCUUUAGUCCCAUUCGGAACACAGUUCCUGAUUUGCUAUUGUCUGGGAGAGAUGCAUUCCCAGCAGAAUCAUCUGGAGGAAGUCAACCUAUUGUUCAAAACGGGGACUCGAAAGAUGAAGCUCAAGUUGGGGCCUUCGAAGCAAAUGGAGGCCUGAGUAAUGGUUGUGCUGAGCAUGCUGCAUCAAGAAGUGGUUUACAUGGAAGUGACUCUAAUCACAACGAGCUGUUGCCUCAAAGAAUGAGCACAGACAAAAAGUUCCAAAAUAUUGGACGUAGCAGCAAUGGUUGUGCUGAACUUGGAACAUCCAGUGGCUCAUGUCAGCUGGUGAUGCAACAAGAAUCUCGCACUCAUGGAUCCAAACAUGACCUGGAGUUUAAUCUUCCACAAGAUUUGCAACAUGGUGAGCCUUCUAAAGUAGCCAAAGAGAAUAUUGAGCAAAGUCAUGAAUUUGAGUUCUCUAGUGAUACUGAUGAGUAUCACGAUGAGAGCACUGCUCUUGCUACACAGAAGAAUGAUUUCUUGAGCUCGCAAUAUGCUCAGGGUGAAGAUUCUUUGGCAGAUGCUGAUUGUAGUGAGCUUAAUCUUUGUGUGAAGUGUAAUGUAGGGGGGAAAUUAUUUGUCUGUAAUUCUGACACCUGCCCGUUAAUGGUUCAUGAAAGUUGCUUGGGUUCUGUACCCAACUUUGAUUACAAAGGGAACUUCUACUGCCCCUUUUGUGCAUAUUCUCGAGCAAUUUCAGAAUACCUGGACAGUAAGAAGAAGGUCUCACUUGCUAGGAAACAUUUGGCUGCAUUUAUUGGCUUGGGAGCUGGACAACAAUCAAAGAAGUCACUAGCUAAGUCACAAGGAACGAAGCCGCAUCAAUCUCGAGAGGAUAAGAAUGAGCAAUUAUGCCACAAUGAGAAUGGGAGGAGUUCCUUGAAUGAGAUUACAGAAGCAGGAAGUGCUCCAGUCGACAGGAAUUCGGUUGGAGUUCAGAUCAUGCAGACGGGUUCACCUCAACUAGAGGCUUCUGUCCCUGAACAAUGCUUGGUAGCUGGUCAACAACCUGAAGGAUCAGAACUUAGAGGUGAUAGAUCUAAGCAGAAUCAGUCCAGAGUGGAAGAAGAGUUGUGUCAUAUUGGGAAUGGAAACAAGAAUUCUUUGAAGAAGGCUGAAGAAGCGGGAAGUGGUCCAGUCAAUAGAAAUUCUAUGAAUGCCGAACUCAUGCAGAUGCAUCCAUCUCAACCACCUGUUUCUCAUGAACCUGUGUGUCAAGGAAGUUCUUCUAUAGAAGAAAAUUCUGAAGAAGAUGAGAUUGGUUCCAGAUAUCGUGUACAAUUUAGGAAUCCAGAGAAGAAUCAUACCUUUCCUAUAACACCUCAAUUGAGGAGGAAGAAGGUCCAAUGGACAAAGAUAGAGGAGGAAACAUUAAAGGAGGGAGUAGAAAGAUUCUCACAUUUUCCUGAUAGAUGGAAGAAGAUUUUGGAAUUUGGAUGUGAUGUUUUCCUGAAAGGUCGGACCACUGGGGACCUUAAAGAUAAGUGGAGGAACAUGAGCAGAGCAAGGGAGAGAGCAACGUAAAGGUUUUUUUUUCUUUUCAAAAUGGACUCUGUAUAGGUGUAUAGUUGCCUAAUAGUUUCGGCUGCUUAAAUUGAACAACGGACUGUUUUUAAUAACUCAAUUAUUGCUUAGCUACAGCCAUGCCACAACAAUGCUUUGCUAAUUAACCUCAUUAUCUACCUUGAAUGGAGAAGGGGGCGGGGGUUCCAGAUGUUAGCGUAGAUUUUGGUGCUUGUGGAGUUCUUUUAGAUGAAGAAGCCAAAAUGAUUUUCUCAUUAUAUGAUAUGAUGCUAAGCUGAAGGUGUGAUAGUAAGAGACUCAAUUGUAUCUGUGUAUUGAGGGCUAAGAAUAGCUCCUUGUUGUAACCCUUUUUCGUGUAAAUUGGACUCGGGUAGAUGACUGUAGUACCCUGUUACGGAUCAUUGAAUCUUUUGUAUAGAUAGCUAGGGUCUUUUCUGUUCUUUUGCUAUCUUUUUGGAUGUAAUCACAACACUUUGUUUUUGACAUCAAUAAUGCUUCCAAAAAAAUAUUUAACA